GUAAUAUUUAAUUGCUAAAUGCUAAAUAUUCGCGACGAUAGCCGUGAAUAUCUAAGUUAAUAGAAAUAAUAAAAGUCAAGUGUUAUAAGCGAAGUGUUUGUUAGGAAAAUAACUGUGAUAUACUUUCAUAGAGACACAAAUAAUGAUCAAAAGCUAUACUAGUUAUUCUUUGAUAAAUUUUAUAGGUUUUUCAUAAACCGAUCAGUAUUUCGAUUAUAUUUCCACUGUUUACCUAUUUCUAACUCUUUUAAUUUAUCUUAAUGUUGACUCUAUGUCAUAACUACUAUCGCGUGUUGACGAAUAAUAAAAAUAGCAAAAAUGAGGCACAAGAUUUUAGUAGAAGAAAAUAUGCGUUUGGUAUAUUUAUUUUAUUCCUUGUUGCUAUUUUAUGGGUUGUGUCUUCAGAGCUCACAAAGUAUAUUUACACAGAGAAGAAAUUAGAGAGACCAUUCCUUGUGACGUAUAUACGAAGCUCAUUAUUGUUUAUAUACCUUUUAGUAUUAUGCUUUACACCACCUACAAAGGAUCCGUGCCAGCCUGCUGAUUACACUCAACUUGUGGAACCAACUACUGAGACAGAUGAUGAAAAUUACUAUAAUGAGGCAACAAAUAGUUUAGGUGACUCUACAUUUGUGCCAGUAAGGCCGGGAGAAACAACAGACAGUGAUGAUGCAACUCCAAGAGCUGUACGCUUUAACAAAGUUGCAGAGGUCCGCGUCAUGUCAGCGGCGAUGGCGGGCGAGGCUCUAUUGGCGCGUCUCUCGUGGUCCGCUUCCAUUCGCGCCACAGAAUACGCGCAACGGCGAGCGGCUGCAGCUGCCACCAGGCGGCAUAUACGAUUAGCUCUUGUGUUUACGAUACCUUGGUUCAUAUCAAACUACCUUUACCGUUUGAGCUUACUGCACACGUCGAGUUGUUCAGCAACAAUAUACACGUCGACAACGAGCGCAUUCGCCCUCACGCUCGGCGCGCUUUUCGCACAAGUACCCACGGAUAGAUUUAACUUCUCCAAAUGUGUGGCUGUUUUACUUACUGCGAGUGGACUUGUAGUUCUAGGUGUAUCAGAGAGCCACCAGAGUAAUUGGUUGGCGGUAUUGGCGGCGUUGGGUUCCGCCUUGUGCUACGCAGUGCACCUGCUAAUGUUCCGACGAGAGCUAAGAAAAGGGGACGGGAUUAACUCCUUUUUGCUCGUUGGUAUAGUUGGAUGCACGUGUGGGUGCCUAAUAUGGACAUUCGGAGGCGUAUUAGCGAUAGCUGGAGUUGAAAAAGCUGAGCUUCCAUCUCCAAAAUUAUGGAGCUGGUUACUCCUAGAUGCCGCCUUGAGUCCCCUUCUUAUGGAGUCUUUAUGGCUUUGGGGCAGAUCUCUGACGUCAUCGCAGACGGCGACCGGCGUGCUCGCGAGCGCGGUGCCGCUGGCGGCGUGCGUGGAGGCGUGGCGCGCGGGGCCCAGCGCGUGGCACGCGGCCGCCGCAGCGCUGGCCGCCGCGGGCUGGGCGGCCGGCGCGCUCGACCUCGCCGACGUGCCCGCGCCCGCCGGCUGGCUCAACGUGCGCCUGCGGGCCGCCGACGGGUUCGCGACGAUACGAAAUAUAUCGGAUUUGGACGAGCAAUCAGAAGCACUAAUAUCGGAUGACCCUACGUAACACAUCAAUAUUGUUUAGACAUAAUUUGUAAGUUAGUGUGACUAUAAGCACCGGGUUUGCUGUGUGACACCCGCGUUUUGUCGACUUGUAUCACUUAAGUUAUCCAUUUUAAAAUUUAUAAGUUUUAUCGACUACUAGUUGAAGUCUACUUUUAUUGUCUUUCGUAAUCAAUUCUCUGAGAGAAAGCAAUAAUGUUAGUGAAAAUUAAUAUGCAUUAUUGCUUUUAAAUUUUAAUUUAAAUCACAUGGACAAUGCCUUCAAAACUGUUACUUUUUUGUUUGCUAUCAAAGUGCUAAUGCUAUAAUUUAUAAAGCCGACGUUUGAUGUUUGUAAUGAUCUCAUAUUUAAUUACAAUAUCUCAAAUAAAAACGUUUCCAAACUCCUAAUUUCAGUUGCGACACAAUAUUUAGACUAAAACAGCUAAUUUAAGUGAAACAAAUCGUAACUCCUAGUCUAUGGUGUAUAGCAUUUAUCAUCGUUUAGUGAAAAAUAAAUAUAUAAAAAUAAGUCAUGACCUUUGUAUCAUUCCAUCAGUAAUAAUUUAUAGUACCUAUUCUUCUUUACUGUUGUGGAUAAAUAAAAAUUAUGACGGGACGAUGUAUAUUUUCUUUAUUAUAAAUUAUUAUAUUUCAUAUGUAUCACAUUAUUUUUCCAAUGGAUAUAGUUACUUAGUUUAUAUUUUUUACUUCUGUAUAAAUUGCUAUAAUUUGUAUUGUUUGUUCGCUUGUGGGCCGAUUUUUCAAUCCUUGGAUAAAACUUACCCGUCCAAUAAAGUAUUACAAAAUAAUAUUAAAAUGUCACCUGUAAACUGUCAAAUACUGGCAAUUGGAAUACAUUUCUUAUAUGGUAGUUUAAUUUGUUAUUUGAUGAUAAGUUUUAACCAAGGAUUGAAAAAUCAGCCCUAAACAUAACUAAUGUAUAUCGACCGUAUUUGGUGUUAAACAUUUAUUUUAUUGACUCUCAAAUGCAUAUAACUAAAAAUUCCCAAACUGAAGAUAUAGAAAAUUAUUGUUAAGUAAUUAGAAAAGACUAUAUUUUCCGAAUAUUUCAAACGCUAAUAAUUUUGCACACGACGAUUACGUAAAAAAUAAAACGAUGCCAGUUAGGCAUGUACACAUAAGAGUUUAGAAUUCACCUAAUGGAUAGUAAAAAAUGCGUCUAGAAUUACCUAUAUGAAUAUUUCUUACGUACUCAGCGUAUGCAAUGUUUAAGUCCUUUUGUGUUUAGUACACCGACGCGACAAUGUGACAUCCUGUUUAUUUUUGAUGAGCUAAAAUUAAUGUUUACCAUAAUAUUUGUAUUGUAUAGAAGGAUAAUAAUGUAACUGUUUUGUUUAUUUCUCACUUAUUUUAUAUUUUCAUUUAUAUAUUUCUAUUGCGUUUUUUUACACAAACAUCAUUGUAUUAACAGUAUUGCUUCUCUGUUGAUUUAUGCUAUGUAGAUUUUCAAUUGUGUAUAUAGGUAUUAGUCAGUUCUUUUAAGAAACGAAUCUUCAAUGGCGGCGCUUAUCAUUCCCUCUCGCUCACACACGGCCGUACGGUAUGCAAAAAAAUAAGGGAAAAAUAAAAUCACUGAAAUGUAUUUGAUUUUCCCUAUAAUAGUUUUUAUCAUAAAUUUACAAUGACAAUUAUGCAUUUGCGAAAG